CAAGAGUUCUCAAUCUCCUUCAACAAUGGCGGACCAAUCUCAACUCAAUAAUCUCACCAUCACCAUCAUCAUCCUCUGCUUCUCCUUCCAAUCACUAUCCUCCGCCGCCGAAUCUCACCUCACCGUCGAUUUCUACUCCAAAUCUUGCCCUAAAUUCCUCGACAUCAUCCGCGAAACCAUCACCACCAAACAGAUCUCAAAUCCAACAACCGCCGCCGCAGCUCUCCGCCUCUUCUUCCACGAUUGUUUCCCUAACGGCUGCGACGCCUCCGUCCUCGUUUCCUCCACCGCUUUCAACAUCGCAGAACGCGAUUCAUCAAUCAACCUCUCUCUCCCCGGCGACGGAUUCGACGUUGUAAUCCGAGCUAAAACAGCUCUAGAACUCGCUUGUCCCAACACAGUCUCUUGCUCCGAUAUCAUCGCCGUCGCGGUACGUGAUCUCCUCGUCACCGUCGGUGGUCCUUACUACGAAAUCUCCCUCGGCCGUCGCGAUUCACGAACUUCGAAAUCGUCUCUCGUCUCCAAUCUCCUCCCACUUCCAUCGAUGCAGAUCUCGAAGCUCAUCGAUCAAUUCAGCUCCAGAGGCUUCUCCGUUCAAGAAAUGGUCGCUUUGAGCGGUGCUCACACCAUCGGAUUCUCACAUUGCAAAGAGUUCACGAACCGGGUCAACCCGAAUAACAGUACCGGGUAUAACCCGAGAUUCGCGGUAGCUUUAAAGAAAGCUUGUUCGAAUUACAAAAAUGACCCUACGAUCUCUGUUUUCAACGACGUUAUGACUCCAAACAAAUUCGAUAAUAUGUAUUUCCAGAAUAUUCCGAAAGGUCUCGGGUUACUUGAAUCGGAUCACGGGUUAUUUUCCGACCCGAGAACCCGACCGUUCGUUGAGUUAUACGCGAGAGACCAAGCUCGAUUCUUUAAAGACUUCGCCGGAGCUAUGCAGAAGUUGAGUCUUCACGGUGUUUUGACCGGACGGCGAGGAGAGAUCCGACGAAGACAGUUACCAGAAGAAGAAGAUACAGAUGAUGAAGAGGAUAUAGAUGAUGAAGACGAUAUAGAUGAUGAGGUUGCGUCGACUCUAUUAUUACAAGUAAGCCAAAGUCGUCAAAAGCAGUUUAGGAAGAGGGAAGAAAAAUCUGACAAAAAUCAACCUAAGAGGGUUAAGAAACAGAACAUCAUGAAAUUAAAUAUUGAUGACUUUUCAGAAGAAACUCUAAGGUCAAUUGAGGUAUGGUACAAAGAUGAACUCGAUCCACAGGAUAUAUUCGGCGAUAAUGAGGUGACGAAGCAAUUCAGCAAACCGAUAAAGAAGCAGUUGAUGUCGAGCGACGUCGAUAAAGAUCAAUGCAGGCUCAUGUUAUCUAAGGAGCAAGUGAAGGAGAAGAUGCUUCCUUUUUUAGAUGAAUCAGAGGAUCCGGUAAAGGGGGUUGAUGUUUCGGUGUAUGGACCAGACGGGACAGUUCACGAGAUGAAGUUCAAGAUUUGGAAUGGGGAUAAAACACCUGUGUUAACUUCAGGAUGGAAGCAGUUUGUGGCAGAUAAUGGUCUUGUGAUGACUUCUAAUUUUAUCACUGUUUGGAUGUUUAGGCACAUAAAGACUCGAAACAUUUGCUUUGCUAUUGCCAACAAUAGUUUUCCUUUAAAGAAGAAAUCGAGUCGAUGAUCUUGUAGACUGUUUUCUUGAAUCCA